AUGUCACUUCAAGGCCAGUCCCUGGAGAAGCAUAUUGUGGUUGGUAAAGUCAGUGAAAAAGAGGAAGACUCUCAACGAGAUGGACUGAUGCACGUGUGCGUGUGGCGGCAGCACAGCCGCGAGCUGCGCCUGGAGAGCAUCAAGUCGCAGAUCCUGAGCAAACUGCGGCUCAAGGAGGCGCCCAACAUCAGCCGGGAGGUGGUGAAGCAACUGCUACCCAAGGCGCCACCGCUGCAGCAGAUCCUGGACCUGCACGACUUCCAGGGCGACGCGCUACAGCCCGAGGACUUCCUGGAGGAGGACGAAUACCACGCCACCACAGAGACCGUCAUUAGCAUGGCCCAGGAGACGGACCCUGCAGUGCAGACAGAUGGCAGCCCUCUUUGCUGCCAUUUCCACUUCAGCCCCAAGGUGAUGUUCACAAAGGUACUGAAGGCCCAGUUGUGGGUGUACCUGCGGCCAGUGCCCCGCCCUGCCACUGUCUACCUGCAGAUCUUGCGACUGAAACCUCUAACUGGGGAAGGCACUGCAGGGGGAGGGGGUGGAGGCCGGCGUCACAUUCGUAUCCGCUCACUCAAGAUCGAGCUACACUCACGCUCAGGCCACUGGCAGAGCAUCGACUUCAAGCAGGUGCUACACAGCUGGUUCCGCCAGCCGCAGAGCAACUGGGGCAUCGAGAUCAACGCCUUUGAUCCCAGUGGAACAGACCUGGCUGUUACCUCCCUGGGGCCAGGAGCUGAGGGCCUGCAUCCUUUCAUGGAGCUGCGAGUCCUAGAGAACACAAAACGGUCCCGGCGGAACCUGGGCCUGGACUGUGAUGAGCACUCAAGUGAGUCCCGCUGCUGCCGAUAUCCCCUCACAGUGGACUUUGAGGCUUUCGGCUGGGACUGGAUCAUUGCGCCUAAGCGCUACAAGGCCAACUACUGCUCCGGCCAGUGCGAGUACAUGUUCAUGCAAAAGUAUCCCCACACCCACUUGGUGCAACAGGCCAAUCCAAGAGGCUCUGCUGGGCCCUGCUGUACUCCCACCAAGAUGUCCCCAAUCAACAUGCUCUACUUCAAUGACAAGCAGCAGAUUAUCUACGGCAAGAUCCCUGGCAUGGUGGUGGAUCGCUGUGGCUGCUCUUAAGGUGGGGGACAGAGGAUGUUCCCCCACAGACCCUGCCCAUAGACCCCCAUACCCCCAUCCCCUAGAGCUCCCUCCACCUCUUCCCAUGAACUUCACACCUUAUUCCCUGCCCAAGCAGUGUGCAAUACAACAGAGGGAGGCAGGUGGUGGUUGAGGGGUGAGUGGUUUGGGG